AUGCUCACGACUGGCACUCCGCUCCGUAACUGGACUCUCUUCCUGCUGCUAUGCAGCAUACCCACGUCUGCCCUCGCUGAGGCAGCGAAUGAGGCGUCCACUGUCGAAUCGAGCGCUACUGCACAACAAUGCGCAAAGACGAGCUGGUCAGCGCCGGGCGAGACAGUCGCAACCAAUGGCACGGGCGCUGAGGAAGGAGCUAUAGCUGGUCUACGAAACCCAACACUUGGGCUAGGAGAAGGGUCUGAGGGCAUUACAGAUGGAGAUAACGGAGCUACAUCAGUAGUAGCGCCCCAGGCAGAUCCAGCCAACCCAGCUUCCGCUGCAUCCAACAGCGGUACAGCAAGCGCAGAGCCGGAGCUUGACUUGGAAGCCGACUCACCAUUCGAUAAUGCCAACUUUCUCUCCUUUGAGGAAUGGAAGAAGAGGAACCUGGCCGAGGUCGGUCAGUCGCCGGAGAAUGUUGGACAAGGACGAGCAGCAGGGACGAACCAACCCGCACGGCGACGACCCGUCAACGUCAAUGCCUUAGACUCGCUUGGCGAUGAGGGCGAGAUAUCCAUCGACUUUAGUGGAUUUGGGUCCUCGGACGACGAGAACGUAGCGAACAGCAUGCAGCAUGGCAAGCAGAGCGCGGGUGCUUCAAAAGCCACCGACGGCGAGGGCAAAGUGGCACCAAUUUCAUGGGCUCUCAGCAAAGACGCAGGCAAGACAUGCAAGGAGCGCUUCAACUACGCCUCUUUUGAUUGCGCAGCUACCGUUUUAAAAACGAACAAACAGGCCAAGAGCUCGUCUUCCAUCUUGGUGGAGAACAAGGACAGCUACAUGCUGAAUAUAUGUUCGGCAGACAACAAGUUCCUCAUAGUAGAGCUCUGUGACGAUAUUCUCGUCGACACCAUCGUUCUCGCUAACUACGAGUUCUUCUCCUCCAUGUUCCGUCAUUUCAGGGUCAGCGUCUCAGAUCGCUAUCCUGUGAAGAUGGAGAAGUGGCGGACAUUGGGCACGUUCGAGGCGCGCAAUUCUAGAGAUAUUCAGCCCUUUCUUAUUACUGAGCCGCAGAUCUGGGCGAGAUAUCUGAGGGUGGAGUUUCUGACGCAGUUUGGGAAUGAGUAUUAUUGCCCGCUUAGUGUACUGCGUGUUCAUGGUACGACGAUGAUGGAGCAGUUCAGGCGAGAGGAAGAGGAGGCGAGAGGUAUUGAUGACGAUGAUGAUCUAGAGGCGGAAGGUGUUGAGGUCAAGAAGCCGGCUGCGGAUAGUGGGCCUUUGCCGCCAGAGGAUAUACCGAUCGAAGCAGUGAAGGAUAUUGGCAGUAGCCCAGAUGCCUCGGUGGCUAGUGACGAUGCCAAACAAGACCUCUCUCGGGAUGUUCACUCGAAUUCGCCUCAUAGCGACGCGCCAUCCGAGACCCCUCCUUCAUCUACGGCUAUGGCAGAGACAGCGACUGACAAACCCUACGGUCAGGCCGUGUUGAACUUGACGUCCAUUGCGCCUCCAUCUGUGACAGGCAACCAGAGACUCGGAAGCGAAGACAGCACAGCCAAUGGCGAGAUGAAAUCGGGCGAAGCGCCUUCGCCAAGUCCGACGGAUGUCACAUCACAAGCUCAGAGCCCUACCGCCGACGCCUCUGCGAUCAACUCUUCAAGCUCUGUAUCUCGAGUUGAUAACGCUACAACACCUACAGCCAACGCCACCGCUUCACCUUCGAGCAGUUCAGCAGCCAAGGCAUCAAGCAACAGCACGAUCGCAAACCCACCACCACCACAAGGCCGCGGUUCCUCCACCCAGCCAAAUGCCCCUGCUCCCUCAACCCAAGAAUCGUUCUUCAAGUCCAUCCACAAGCGCCUCCAAUACCUCGAAGCUAACAGCACGCUUUCCCUGCAAUACAUAGAAGAGCAAUCCCGCGCCCUCCGCGACGCGUUCGUGAAAGUCGAAAAGCGCCAACUAGCGAAAACAGAGAAGUUUUUGGAUCACUUGAACAGUACGGUCAUGUUGGAGUUGAAGAGUUUCAGGAAUAUGUACGAUCAGCUCUGGCAGAGCACAGUUAUCGAGUUGGAGAGUAUGAAAGAGAGGCAGGAGAGGGAGGUUGGGGAGGUGGGGAAGAGAUUAACGCUGUUGGCUGAUGAGCUGGUUUGGCAGAAGAGGAUGGCUGUUGUGCAGUCUACGCUGCUGCUUUUGUGUUUAGGUUUGGUGCUGUUCGUGAGAAGUGGAACUUUGGGGGGUACGGGUGAUGUGCCUAUAGUACAGCAGUUAGGGAACAAGGGGAAGCGGCAGGUGAAUGCUGGUCCAAAUCAGGCGAGUUUACUACAAGGUGUAGACUGCGGUGCUUUCCACAACUCUCCUACAGUAUCGCUCUCAACUUUGUAUGGCUCCUUCGUUCAUUUCCAGUUAUCCUCCACGGUUUUAUAUAUGCAAUUCCGGUUAGACAAGUUCCACGAGCAGGUACGGAUUACUCCAACCUUCACAGCCUUUCCUACUACCUGCGGCAUUGUCUGA